GUUGUUGAUUACUUUUCCAAUGAGAACAGAAUGUUUGUACAGUAUUACCGCAUCUACCUGAGCAUAAAGUUGUAGGCACACCUUAGAGGGACGCUCAGUUCCUCGAUGCUGCACCCAGGCAACGGCAAAACCACCAAGAACCACAACCAUCGACGCAAACAAUGCUCUUGUUGAUGCUCUUGACUAAUUAUUGAUCGUCAUACGGUACCACCAUGGAAGACACCAAGAAAGCAGCAUCAAAGAAGACUGCAACUGCUGCUGCCACUGGAAAGAAGAAGCGUGCCAAUUCGCGCCCAGCACAAGAAGGAAAGAGUGCCAAGAAGAAGAAGAAAGAUGCCGAAGUUGCCGUAGCGGUUCCAGCCGUCGCCACUGCUGCUACUGCUGCUGCUGGCGGUAAAAAGAGGAAAAAGAAUGCCGCUCCUGCCGGUGCCACUCCGAGCAAUCUUCCCAUGGCGUCUCUGCCAGUCAGUGCUACCACAAGCAGUGCGGCUCCAUCUGAUGCGGUGGGUCCGUCAGCUUCGAUUUCUACACCCAAUGCUACAGUGGACCUGGAGUUGAAAACAAAACCUUUGGUGGAUCAAGUACUGUAUCGGCUGACGGAGGGAGUGCCGAGAAUGGAACUCAAGACAAUGGACAAGGAAGCUGACGAAUGUGAGCGGGAGUUGCUGAGGGAAAUCCAAAUGAUGGAAGCUUCGUUAGAGAACUUGCAAGAGGGAAAAGCGGGGCUUGGUCUUCCUCUUGACGACACAGCAGGCGAUGGGGACAAGAAAGAAGCAGCAUCUACAAAGAAAAAGGCAAAGAGUAAAGCAGAAAAGGGGAAUUUGGAGGCUUUGGGGAUGACUCCAGAAGAACUCGACCAACAAGUGGACAUCAUAUUGGACAAUCCACUAACGCCUCUGGAUAAAUACUACACUCUAUCAGCGCUGGUGGGAAGACUUCGAGAUGACUUGGCUGUGCCAUCGACUCGAGCGCCCUCUGCAGCAGUAUUGGCAGCGACGACAGCUGCUGGAAAUAAAAAGAAAAAAGCCAACAGCAUUCCUGCACCCACGUACUCUCAACUCAUGGCCAUGGCAAACGACAAUCCAAAUUUCACAAUGAUCCAUCCCGAUCCACCCACACAACUGUUGCAGGUGUGGCGGAAAAUUGCAAGUCACCGGACUUCGACAGUGUUUCGAAAACCCGUAAAGCCAGAAGAUGCGCCGGGGUAUGCAGAGAGAAUACUCUUUCCAAUGGACCUCAGUCUGGUUCGAAAAAUGAUUGUGGCAAAAAUACUCACGUCCUAUUCGGACGUUCAUCAGAAGAUUCGAUUGAUUUGUCACAAUUGUGUCAAGUACAAUGGCAGAGAAAGCGACUAUGGCGUUGUAGCCCGGGAUUUUGAGGCUUGUGUGGACGAAUACAUAUAUAAUGCCGUGCAACAACCUGUGGCACAGGGAUCGGCACCCACUGGUAAGCUUCAGGCGCUCAAGGCUGUCGCUAGUGGAAGGGCGUCACCAAAGAAUUUCACGAGCGGUCGAGCGUCGCCCAAAACGAUUGGCAUGACCAGUGGGAGAGCAUCACCGAAACUUGGCAUGGGGAGACUUCCUACCAACAAGAAAUUGGCACCAGCCACAGCCACAGCUCCAUCGUCUGCUGCUGUAUCUAUGGCAGCAGCAGCUGCCGCCGCUGCCGCCGCUGCGAAGCCUCCACCAGCACCCAAGACAACAGGGAAGAAGACAAAGUAAUAGUUCAUGAAACUAAAGGAAAGUACAAAAUGCAGCGUACCAAUUCCAAAACUAUAUAGGAUUGUCUUACAUCU